GUGCCACAGCUGCUCCUGGACCGGCGCAACCACAACGACUUUUCGACCCGUAGACCUCCCAACAUCACCCCUUAUCCUCCACUCGCGAUAUCGGCCGUCUCGUUAUCUCAGUCCAGAUUUCUGAUCCCGCAUUGAUUGGACACCAGUUACGAUAUUCCCAACUCGGCGCGGCUGGCAGCGUGCCAGAAGGGUCAAUUGAUGAAACCGAGGGCGAGGUUAAGAGUCGCAAGGGGAGCGAGAAAAAAGGUUGCUGGCCAACAUUGCGCCGCGCCAGGAGAUGGACGGACUCGGCAUUGACCACCGCUUACACCAUCACCACCACCAAUACCACCAUGCACCAUUCGCAACAACACAACAACCAACAAAAACCCCGCGCAAGCGCAAGCCCGAGGCGCCUCCAGAAAACAAUGAGCGUCUUUCCAAACGGAUGAGCUUGCUCAAUCUAGAGCACUCCGGCCAGAAGCUCUACGUCCCCGUGGAGAACACCAAUUGGCAAUCUACUGCAAUUUUACCCUCAUCAACAACAGCACAAACCAGUUUCACAACCACCCACAAAAAGAAAAGCAGCCCCGUUGACGAUGACUCGCAAAUGCGCCUCGACGACACAAAGUACAAGGUGUAUAUCUACAACCUGGACGAGGAGUUGAGCUCAGACAGCGAGUCCGAGUCCGGGAAACUGGUCUUCCUGCCCGACAUUGAGAAGCAUCUGCGCACGAGCCGGAUCCCGAUCCCGCCGUUCAUCCGCGACCCGCCGGACCCGGCCUCGCCCGCCGGCAGGGAGCUGGUGCUGUACGGCGUGCCGAGCUCCAUCUCGGUGCCCGAGGAGAGGGACAGCGUGCGCAAGGCUAUCAUCGAAGCCAGGGCCCGCGCUAGGGAGAGGCAGCUCGCCGGCCUAUCCCCCCGGAAGGAGGUGGAGGAGCAGGCAAGGGUGGUUGGGGAGGGGGAUGUCCCGAUGGAUGCAGAGCCCAAUGGCUUUGCUGUUGUUGCGCCGGUGGAUGUGAAUGUACCCGCGGAGGAGGAAGACCCAGAUGCGAUGGACUUGGAUUAGGUGAUGAAAUGGGAGGGACGGUGGGUUAAAGGAGUUCGCAUCUUUGGCUUGGCUUGGAGUGAAACGCAUGAGGCGCGCACCCACCCAAGGACUGCAUUCGUGGCGCAUUUUGGAUGGGUUCCUCUUUAGCGGGUUGGUUUCCGGGGUGCGAUACCAACGGAUGGUUCGCUCAUGGCGUAUUGGCUUGGGCCUGUGAUUUGCAACUGUAUUGUUAUUUUGAUAGGGCUGUUUGAGCCUAGGACUUCAAGGACUUCUGCAAUUCAACGCAAACUAAGAAAGGAUUCUCUGCUUAUGCUGCCCUA